CAAAGAUAAAGAUACGGGACAAGACGCAUACGACUUUCCUCCCAUAGUAGCAGCACACAAGUCCAGAUACCUUUGGCUCUAUACCAAUACAGUCUACAACUUAUCUGCCGCAUGCCAUAAAUAUGGCCCGCCUCAAUGAGCCAGCGCCGGCUCAAGAGACCAUGGAAUCCCUGAAACGGAAGUUCAUGCGCCAGAAUCGCGAUAUUGCUCGAGCAAACUCAACGCAGUCAUUACGGAUUCGGAACCUCGAGAACGAGACCUCAAGAUUGCUGGCAGAGAACCUGGGCUUGAGGGAACAAAUAAUACGACUUCAAAAAGAACUUGAAGAAGGAAAAGCGCAGAGGGUAGCGGAUCAUGCCAUCGAUUUAAAGUCGCAAUUGGAGGCAAAGCUUCUUGAAAUUGGAUCUUUGAUCUCUGAACUAGGAAAUGAUGCACCAAAGAAGCCAUCCCCCAAAAUUGUCAAGAUUACAAGAGCAAGCCCAUCGAGAAGUCCAGAUCAGAGGAAUUGGAAGAAUAUGUGCACUCUCAGUGAAGCAGUUGGUGGCCAGGACGGUCGCUUACCGCCCAUAAUGGAGAACAAGAUGUAUCCUAGGAGAACCCUCGAACGCCAGGAAAUUAUAAGCCUUGUUGCAGAUGCCGAGGCAGACAUUACAGAUUCUCCAGAAAUAGGACCUCCCCCAGUGUCACAAUUUGUGGAUGAAGAUCCUGUAAAGAUUGACCUGCCACGACGGACGAAAAAAGAGGAGAUAGAAGAACCAUCAAGCUUCGAUCCAGCAUUGUCUGUCAAUCUAGAACAGAGGAAAAAGCGGAAGGACAGUACUAUUACUGUAGAGCCCAGACAGGCGAAUAUUCACGAGACCAUACCUGGCAGCAAGGAUACAGAAUUGUCAUUGAAGAGCGGAGCCAAGCGAAAACUGAGUGUUCGAGACGAUGAUGAGAACGACAGGCCGCGGGUUCCUCCCUCUCCGGAUGACUUCAAAUUUACUCGUGUUAAGGAGGAGGACAAACUAAGGAAUAAACCAAUGAAUCAGCAAGAGAGGACCGGAAGCAAAUCUACUCGAGAGAUAGCUGUUCCUAGAGGGGCAUCCCGGGACAAGCUGCAUGCUUCAGCAACCUCAACUACCCGAAAAGCUCUUGCACCGAAGAGUGUCAACGACUCACCAAGGAAGAAUACGCAAGCUUUAGUCUCAGACGGUGGUAAGCCACUCAAAGCAGAUGUUCCUCAGCCGGAUUUCGCAAAAGACCAUUCGAACGAGGAUAGAAAAGAAGCUGUAAGAGUUCAGCCAACGGCCAAUGUUGUUAUGAAGACUAUCGAAGUACAGCCAGAGCCUGAAACGCCAGCGGGAAUCGACAUCUUCUCGCCAUCCUCCUCGCAACCUUCGACAAACCGGGUUGAAUCCCGAGAUACACCGCCGCCAAGUGACUUUAGUUCAGGUGCUGACGGCCAAAGACCUAGUCGCCGAGCUAGAGGUGCCGUCAGCUAUGCUGAGCCAAAUCUUCGAGAUAAGAUGAGAAGACCUACCAAAGACCUCGUUGAUGCAGUGUUAAAGGACGGCAAAGCUCAGCGUCCAAGCGUCACUAAACUCGAAGAAGGCUUAGGCACAAGUACUGUGACAAUCAAGGCAGAGCCUGAAGCGGACGAUGCUUGGAAAAGUAUGCCUGCGGCGUCAACGGCAACGGUAGAGAAUAGCCCUCUCAGCAGUAAAGCCCCAGAUAGUUUACCGAGCAGUAUCACAACGCACAGGAAGAGACGUGAAUCUAUCUUGAAUCAUUCGGAAUCAGAGCUGUCUAAUCCAACAUCUGGAAGUACUGUUGCUGCUUUGCUGGCAGAGAGCAGGCGAGCAAGAGCUGCUAUCAAAGAGAAGUCACCAGCAGAUGAGAUUGCGUUGGCGAAGGAGAUGGAGAAACUCGACAUCUACGACUUCAAAGGCUCGCCACCAGUUCAGCCUUUGGAGCCCGAGAAAGCCACCAAGGCGGAGAAACCUGUUCUAAGAUUUUCAAGAAGACAUCCGUCUAUUUCUCGAGAUGUGCUACAAAGCGACAGUGAAGCAUCAGAUAUGGAAGCACCGAAAAAGUCCGAAUUUUUGAAAUCCCGACGAAGACAGUCCACCCUGGGGUUGAAAAGCACCGGCACCAAUCCCGAGCUGUCCAAAGGAACCGACUCGCAGCGAUCAUUAACUCGUUCUACAAGUGCUGCGUCUAUGACAGAGGCAGGCCAGGUCGGCUCUAGAAGUGACUGCAUAUCAGCACGAAGACGAAGCAUGAUGUUAUGAUUAAUGAAACGAUACUUGAAGUUAUCGGGUGUUGCUUGGAUGAGCGAUUCUGUAUAAGAUGAGCAUGGGAGCGCUGAUUUUUAAUGGUUUGUUGAUCACGAAAUUGAUAUGAUACCAAUGGAAUGUUUUACCCCAUCUUGAAUUUGACCCUUGAAAACGCCAUGCAAU